AUGGAUUUGGAACAAGAACGUGGAAUUUUUCGUUUCCCCUUUAAAUUUCCCACGUCUGCUGGUAUCAGGAGGUUGUGUGUAUAUUUCUCAGGGAUCCUGUAUGCAGUUGGAUUUUGGCUCUUUCUCGAUGCCGUGAUAUAUUCCAAGCACGCCAAUGCAUCGGAUGUUCAUGUCACCUUUGUCGAUUGGAUACCUUUCCUCUGCAGUACUUUCGGUACGAUGAUUGUAAAUUCGAUUGAAAAGAACAGACUGUUACAGGGCGCUUUAUCUUCCGGCAGUGGUAUAACCUCAUUAGGAGGAGACUCUCUAGAUUCCUCCGUAGCAUGGCAGGCUCGCGUCGUAUUAUUUUUCGGCUUUGCUCUAUUGGCAGGUGGAUUAUCUGGAUCUAUUGUUGUCUUGAUAAUCAAAUUUUUAGUCAAAAAUUACAAUACCUAUCCAACUGUUGGCAUGGGUAUAAAUAAUGUUUUGGGUAACUUUUGCAUUGUCUUGAGCUGCAUUGUUCUGUGGAUCGCUCAGAAUAUGGAAGAUGAAUAUUCUUAUUCUUUGACGCUUUGA